AUGGCUGAUAGAGCAGAAGCCCAAUGGAUCCAUGUCCGUGUCGUCAAUUCCAUGUCCUACGAUACCCUGAAAGUCAAAGAUACCUGGCUCAAGUGGGGCAAGUUCCAUAAGGAAGGCAACAAGAGCGCCGAAAUCUCCGUCUCCGACAUCAACGCUCUCACAGCAGCUCCAGGCGGUUCCUUCAACGUCUACGCGUGCGGCAGAGCAAACGCAUCUUCUGGCACGGAGGGAAGCUUCGAUGUGUAUAAUGGAAAUGUCCGAGUCGCCUACAUCUACUGGGACUGUCCUUGGGGCUCAAAGACCAACAAGUUCCGCGCCGAUGUGAUCGCCGACAAUUAUCGGGUGGAGACGGGGUACUGGAAUUCGUACGGCGGUGCUAUCGGCUCUGUGACUGUUGAGAUUGUAAGCAGAGAUCGUGUAACCCGAUCCAGUCUUUGA